AAGAGGGGGGAUGGGUGAGGAAGAGAAAAAUACGUGACAAAGAAAACAUUCUUUGCCUGGGAGGAGACUCACAGAGGGUGUAGAGCUGAAGGGAGCAUUCACUGGCCAUGCCAGUACUUACCACUGAUGCUGAGUCAGAAACAGGUAUCCCAAAAUCCCUUUCCAAUGAGCCUCCCUCAGAAACCAUGGAGGAAAUAGAGCACACAUGCCCACAGCCUCGACUGACCCUGACUGCACCUGCCCCAUUUGCAGAUGAAAGCAGCUGCCAGUGCCAAGCACCCCAUGAAAGACUGACCAUUGCUCAGGCCCGCUUAGGAACACCAGUUGACAGGCCUGUCAGAGUAUAUGCAGAUGGAAUAUUUGACCUCUUCCACUCAGGUCAUGCAAGGGCACUUAUGCAAGCAAAAACAUUGUUUCCCAACAGCUACUUGUUGGUAGGAGUUUGCAGUGAUGAUCUCACCCACAAAUUCAAAGGUUUCACUGUGAUGAACGAAGCAGAGAGAUAUGAAGCGCUCAGACACUGUCGUUAUGUGGAUGAAGUCAUCAGAGAUGCUCCGUGGACACUCACACCAGAGUUUCUGGAAAAACACAAGAUUGACUUUGUGGCCCAUGAUGACAUCCCCUACUCUUCUGCUGGCUCUGAUGAUGUUUACAAGCAUAUAAAGGAAGCAGGGAUGUUUGUUCCAACGCAGAGAACGGAAGGCAUCUCAACAUCAGACAUCAUCACCAGAAUUGUUCGUGACUAUGAUGUUUAUGCCCGACGCAACCUCCAGAGAGGGUACACAGCCAAGGAACUGAAUGUCAGCUUUAUAAAUGAGAAGAAGUACCGCUUCCAAAACCAGGUAGACAAGAUGAAGGAAAAGGUCAAGAAUGUGGAGGAAAGAUCAAAGGAAUUUGUUAACAGAGUAGAAGAAAAGAGUCAUGAUCUCAUUCAAAAGUGGGAAGAGAAGUCGAGGGAAUUCAUUGGCAACUUCCUAGAACUAUUUGGGCCUGAUGGAGCAUGGUUUCUCAAGGUCAGGAAUCAGGAAGCAGCUCAGCUGGAUGGUUAUGACUCAGGGUCUCUCAUGAAGUUGCAGUCAAGAUGUCAGCUGGAGGAUCCUCUCCAACAUUCACUCAUGUGACUGUUGACUGGAUACCUCAGUUCCUCACCAUGUGGGCCUUUCCACAAGGCUGUCCAAGUGUCCUCAUGACGUGGCAGCUGGCUUCCCCCAGAGUGAGUGAUAGAGAAAGGAUGAUAAGCCAAAAACUAUAGUCUUUUAUGAUCUAAUAUCAGAAGUGACAAACCAUCACUUCUGCCAUAUUCUAUUAGUCACCCAGCCUGAUCCUGGUAUAUUUUGGGAGGAUACGACACAACGAUGUGAAUACCAGGAGUUGGGGCAAUCUUGGCAGCUGGCUACCACAAUUGCUUUUGAGAAUUUGAAGCAAGCAAUCUACUUCUCCAUCAUUAUAAUAGAUUAUCUCUUCCCAUUUAUUCAGUCUGAUUGGUGGAUUAUCAGAGCCCAAGAUGUUAUUUUUCAAUCUCAUUAUCUACCACUCUACUUAUUUAAAUACUUGCUUAAUUCUUGUAACUAGUCUUGACUCAUACUCAGAAGAUAGCCUGUAACACCAACAGAGACUUGACAUUACCUCUCUUUGGAGGGUGUGUCUCUGAAAGACAGAUUGUCUCAAGGGAGGGGCUUUAAAGGAGCUAAAUUUUGAAGCUUUGUUGCCAUGUUGGAGGUGACGCUGUUCAUUUCCAAGGUAUUGAGGGUCAAGGAGCCAGGAUUGGGGGAUGCUGAAUCAGCUUUCAGGGUUUGCUUUUGGAGUAAGGUCUUCCUAGUGAAACUUUAUUAUUUUUGUUCGAAGGGCCUGAAUUCCCAGGGCAGACACAAUGUUUUUAAAGAACAGCGUAUGUGGGGUUGGGGUACUAAUGUUUAAAUAGAAUGCAUCAUUUUGAAUGAUCUGCCACUAUAUUCCUUCACUGACUCUGAAAACAGGGAAUCAUUCCCUGUUUGAAAUGAAAAUGGGUCUAUUUUAUUUUACCAUGUGAACAUAGACCCUUUCCUGGAGCACCAGGAGAGAAUGACCUUACGUCAGGUGCAAGUUUUUAGUUCAUCCUGGACCACAAACACCCUCUGCCCCAAUCCGAAUAGGCAUUUGCCAUCUGAUAUGAGAUUACCUUUUUUUUAAAAAAAACCUUUAUGGGGGCAACCUGGUGGCGCAAGUGGUUAAGUGCGCGCACCUCGCUUCAAUGGCCCAGGGUUCGCAGGUUCGGAUCCCGGGCGCGCAUCAACACACUGCUUGUCAAGCCAUGCCGUGGUGGCGUCCCAUAUAAAGUAGAGGAAGAUGGGCACAGAUGUUAGCUCAGGGCCGGUCUUCCUCAGCAAAA